AUGGGGAAAGUCUUUGAUGCUGCGGAAGUGGCUAAACACAAUAACAGCAAGAGCUGUUGGGUCAUCCUGUAUGACAAGGUCUACGAUGUGACCGACUUUGUUGUCGACCACCCUGGGGGUGCGAAUGUCAUCCUGAAGCUCGCAGGCCAAGAUGCGACAGAGGAGUACGAUCCAGUUCACCCCACGGGUACUUUGGAAGACAACCUCAAGCCCGAGGCUCUUCUUGGUACUAUUGACCCGGCGACGUUGCCCAAGAAAGAGUCCUCACUUGGUACUCCACAGAAAGCCGCUGAAUAUCCUCCUGUUGAGAACCUUUUGAACAUGGAUGAAAUCGAAGAAUUGGCUACAGCAAAGAUCAGCAAAAAGGCAUGGGCAUACUACUACUCUGCUGCCGACGACAAGAUCUCUAAGCGCUUCAACACAGAGGCCUUUCGCUCUAUCCUUUUGCGACCGAGAAUCUUCAUUGAUUGCGCAAAUUGCAGUCUCGAUACAAAAUUACUAGACAACCACGUUUCAAUGCCUAUAUACGUGUCUCCGGCAGCCCAGGCCCGUCUGGGGCAUCCAUCUGGCGAAGCAGGUAUUGCCGAGGCCUGUCGCAGCUUCGGUGCUUUGCAAAUCAUUUCCUACAGCGCCUCCAUGACGCCGGAGGAGAUUGUUGCGGACGCCUCACCAGAACAAGUGUUUGGCUGGCAACUAUACGUACAAGAAGGUCGGACUAGAAGCGAGCGAAUGAUUGCUCGGAUCAAUAAAUUAACUGCUAUCAAGUUUAUUGUGUUGACUCUUGAUACCCCGGUGAUGGGCAAGAGAGAAGAUGAUCAACGUGGUGGCGAUGUUAUCAGCAGAAUCACAGAAGAGGACGACACAUCCCCGAAGGACUCAGCGCAAGCUCGAGAUAAAAAAUCUUUUGCCGGGAUGGAUCCUACUCUGACAUGGACCGAGACUCUUGCGUGGUUGGCGAAACACACCAGUCUUCCUGUCAUUCUCAAAGGUGUUCAAACCCAUGAGGAUGCCUACAUUGCUUCCUUGCAUAGGCCACAAGUGAAGGCCAUAAUUCUAUCAAAUCACGGUGGCAGGUCUCUUGAUACUUCCCCUCCAGUCGUGCACACACUUCUUGAAAUCCGCAAAUACUGCCCUGACGUCUUUGACAAAGUCGAAGUCUGGGUGGAUGGAGGAGUCAGGAGAGGCACUGAUGUGGUCAAGGCCAUGUGCUUGGGCGCAAAGGGCGUCGGUAUUGGGCGACCUGCGCUCUUUGGCCUAUCCGCUGGGGGCGUAGAUGGGGUAAAAAGAGUUUUACAGAUCCUGGCUGAUGAAACCAAAACCUGUAUGCGACUCCUUGGUGUCGAGAGGCUCGAGCAACUUGGCAUGCAACACAUCAAUACCCGACUGGUAGAGCAACAGAUCUUCGAUGGACCUUCCAACCUUGCAGCUUGUCGGGCGGCCCAUUUGUCGAAGCUUUAG